UGAUGGUCCACUGUCUGACGCGAGCCUCUGAUAUAUAUAAUCUAUAUAUAGACACCGCGAGACAGAGGGACGUUGGAACGAUGGCAAGCAGCGAAGAAGCAAGUUGAAAACGGGCUUGGCGUUCAUUCCACAGAAGCGCGUGAUUACGUCAGAGCACCGAAUCGGGGCGAUUCCGCAGGAAGAAAACACUAGGUGUAGGCUACUGGGGCAAAAGAGCCAGCUAUCACAGAGUACUACUCCUCUCAGUGACUCCUAUACAAAUUAACAGACUCUGACACUUUUCUCUGCACACAUUCUCUGUACUAUGAACUUGAUCUUAGCUCUCUAGUUACUUCAGUCUCAAUCAUAUACCCAGUAUUAACAACUAACAACAUCCCUCCUUCAUCCCUCGCUACCUAGUAUCUAUUCAGCUAACCACCCAUGGCUGAGUCCUCAAACGUUGACACUUCCCCCAUUUCGCCCGUCGAGCGGCGCAACUCGCUAGAGAAGUAUCUCCAACACCGUCCCGAGCCGCAAGAUUUGAAAGAGAGACAUAUCCUCCUAGAUACCAAUCUUGCUCCGUCCCUGCAGGCAGCACAACAGGAGUUAGCCCGUCAGAAGGCUGCAGAUAGCCUCAAGAAGCAUCUGGAGAAAAGGCCCGAUCGCGAAGACCUUGUGGAGAGAAACAUCAUCCCACCUUCCACCGCUGCUCCGGCUCUCCAGGCCAAUGCGCGUGAGCUGGAGAAGCAUAUGCUGGCUGAUCAUCUGGAACAUAAGAUCCAGAGCCGCCCCAAGCCUGAGGAGCUCAUUCAUCGCGGGAUCCUUGAUGAGAAUGAAGACCCUACCCACCCAGCUCAAUAGGGGGAUGCUCAACGGUUAUGCUAGAUGCUAUGUAUGCCCGUACCCAGCGAAUCGAUGAUGGGUUGACGAGAUUCAUGGAGUUCUUUAUUUUCUAAUUCUGUGCGCCUCUGUUUGCUUUGCUCAUGGGAUGGGACUAUAUCUUCUCUUUUUCAAUCAUCACAGAUCGGCUUCAGAAUUGUACGGUCGGAUGAUCCGAAAAUAUUUUACCCGGUCAUGUUCUAUUAUGAUGCGAUUUUCUGGCCUUGAUACACAUUGCGCCUUUAGGAUGACUAAACCCACCCAAUGGGAUUGAUAUCCAGUCGUGGGUUCGUAGUGGACCCGUCCGUCAAUGAUUAAAUGAAGCAUGAUAUUGUAUUUAGCAAAGUGAAUUUUUAUUAUUUCCUCUGGUAAAUACUGGCGCUUCGCAAUGGAUGGUACUUAUCAAGGUACGGAACCUUGUACCCAACAAGGUAUGUGGCACUAUCAAGUGUCUUAUAGUCACAGCAUACCCACCAAGCCUCAUCGCGGUAGUUAUCCCGCAUUAAAAAACUCACACUUUUAUGGCCUAUUGCGUCAUAAAACACGCGAAAAUUUUAUUUGUUUUUCGUAAACCUUGACUCCUCGCCCAGUUAUCAAAACAGAUGCUCAUCAUACACCCGUAGACCAGAGGAAACGUGAUAUUAAUUAGUUAAGACAGAAUACAGAUUCAAUAGCUCUCUACCUGAGGGGGGCCGGUCAAAUCCGGAAUCCAUCCCCCAGGUCGCUCGCUUCCCCGUACAAGCAAACCAUAGGCGGCCCGCUCCACCUUCUCCACGCACCUCUGCAUCACCUCUAGCUUUUUUCCGAAGUCCCGGUUCAAGCUAUGUCCCCGCGGUACAUUUAUUGAUUCAAACAUGGCACGAAGUUGCCGUAGGUCUAGCAGGAUGCUACCACGACUAGUGUCCUUCUCGUUAGAGCCAGUAGGCGCAGCACCAUCGACGGACAUGGUUUUGACGGAAUCAGCCGACAUUGUUGUGAUGGCAAAGCGCAUCAUUUCUCCCGUCAAAUCGAAUAAGCCUAGGAUGUAGUCCGCCUCCGUCACGAGGAUGCCUGGAGGUAAUGACUCGGUCACGUCAUCAAGGGACAUGAGUCGCUGGGUCUCUACAUAGUGUUGGAAUGUGGCAGCUUCGAUGUAUUCCUGGAUACCGGGGCUGAUUUGCCAUUGGUAUCGGUGCUCGUUGAUUCCAGCCAAGUCGGGUACGACGGAGUUGAAGAGGGCAGUUAUUUGCGCUAGCCGUUCUUGGUUGUCCUCCGUGAUGUUUUUGGGGAGGGGUUUAUUCAGAGCGCGAACUCGAUGCAAGGAGAAUAUACUGUGAAUCAAUCAGCCUCUCAGCUCCCAUGCAAAAGGAAUCCAGAGCCAUCGAUUCCGGAUAUCUGGCAUACAUCUUUUUACUCAGAGCCGUAAUGUCUCUUGAAGCUUUAAUCACACGUUCUCGGCGGUCAUGGUGCUCGUCUAGAUCGCCGCGGAAAGUGUUGAAAAUUGACCGAAUGGUGGAUGUGUCUCCAUCUAUGCUGCUGUCGUGGGGUGUCAUGUCUGAUUUUGGAUCUUGGGCUAGGUCGCCUACCCAAGAGCGUUUGGUCCCAGUCAUAUGGGCUAUUCUUGUGCGGG